UUGUCAGCGAUGCCGAGGGCGACCCUGACCGCCCAUCAGAGGGCUUCUCUGCUAUCGACAAAGCACUCGAUGCUUUACGUCAAGGAAAGGUCCAUACCCUUCGUCUACAUAGAUAAGUGGUUAUUUGAAGAAAAUAACGCUGGACAGGAAGCUUUUCUCAAUCCAAUAUUGACUAGUAUCUUCUUUUUUUUUUUCCAUCAAAAUCUAGUUUGUUAUUGCCGUAGAUGAUGAAAAUGGGGACGUUGAAGGGAACCUCAUCAUGGCAGCAUCUCUUGCAAGCACUCAGGCUAUGGCGUUUAUGGUUAAGCAUGGGUCAGGAAUUGUAUCCGUAGGUAUGAAAGAAGAUGAUCUUGAGAGGCUGAAGCUUCCACUGAUGUCACCAGAAAGCAGAGAUGAAGACUCAUCUGCCCCAUCUUUUACAGUCACUGUGGAUGCCAAAGCUGGUGUGACUACUGGAGUUUCAGCGUCCGACCGAGCAAAGACCGUUCUUGCUCUUUCAUCUCCUGAUUCCAAUCCAGAAGAUUUCACAAGGCCAGGCCAUGUGUUUCCCCUCAAGUACAGAACUGGUGGAGUUCUGAGAAGGGUUGGCCAUACCGAGGCUUCUGUAGAUUUGGUUACAUUGGCUGGCUUACGGCCGGUCUCUGUUAUUUCAGCUAUCAUUAACGCAGACGAUGGUUCAAUGGCAUCAUUGCCCUAUUUAAGAAAGUUGGCCACGGAACAUGGAUUACCAAUAGUCUUAAUCACUGAUUUGAUCCGGUACAGAAGAAAGAGGGAAAAGCUGGUGGAGAGAAGUGCAGUUUCACGUUUGCCAACCAAAUGGGGCCCUUUUCAAGCUUACUGUUACCGUUCAAAGUUAGAUGGAACAGAGCACAUCGCAAUUGUAAAGGGAAGCAUUGGAGACGGGCAAGAUGUCCUUGUAAGAGUUCACUCAGAGUGUUUGACUGGGGAUAUAUUUGGUUCUGCCCGGUGUGAUUGUGGCAACCAGUUGGCUUUGGCAAUGGAGUUGAUCGAGAAGGCGGGUAGAGGAGUGGUGGUCUACCUCCGUGGCCACGAGGGAAGAGGAAUUGGUUUAGGUCACAAACUUCAGGCUUACAAUUUGCAGGAUCAAGGGCAUGACACAGUCGAAGCUAAUCUGAAAUUGGGGUUGGCCAUUGAUGCCCGAGAGUAUGGAAUUGGGGCCCAGAUUUUAAGGGACAUGGGAGUGCGGACCAUGCGCUUGAUGACGAACAAUCCAGCCAAGUUCACUGGUCUAAAGGGCUAUGGUUUGGCUGUUGUUGGACGGGUUCCUGUCUUGUCACCCAUUACAGAAGAAAAUAAGAGGUACUUGGAAACUAAACGUAUCAGAAUGGGGCAUGUAUAUGGAUCUGAUCUGCCUGGAUAACUAUCCGACUCGUCCAACCCAUUGUAGUAACAUUGAAAACCAACAGGAACAGGCUUAUCGGUGCUUGAUCAUUGUACAUUUGAUGAGGCAGCUGAUUCAUUAUGUAUCAUAUAGAGUUCAACCUUUUAAUUCAAAUACUUCUUUUUUUUUGUUCUUUUUCUUUUUUUAUUUACUCCCAAUCGUCCAUUCCAGGCAAUUGUAUAUGUAUAUGCUCUUGUGUUUCCACAAUACAAUGUAUUAUGUAGUGCUCAUCCCUAUUAUAUGUGAUAAGGGGUAAAUUGGUCCUCCA